AAUUGGCGCCGUUCGACUCCAGGCGGGUCCGCUCUGCAGCACGAACCCCCCUCCAGCCGCAGCCGCAGCCGCCGCCCGGGGCCGAGGAGCAGCCGCAGCAGCCGCCGCCAGUGGCCGUGUGAGCGGAGCCGAGUCGCAGUCAGCGCCGAGCGGUGAAUUGGGGCCCUCACGAUGAGUUCUUCGCCAGUGAACGUGAAGAAGCUGAAGGUGUCGGAGCUAAAGGAGGAGCUCAAGAAGCGGCGCCUCUCUGACAAGGGCCUCAAGGCCGAGCUCAUGGAACGGCUCCAGGCCGCGCUAGACGACGAAGAGGCCUCCGGAGGUCGCCCCACCUUGGAGCCCGGGAACGGCAGCCUGGACCUGGCCGGGGAUUCCGCCGGGCGCUCGCACACGCAGCCCUCGGGAGCAGGCCUCGAGCAGGAGGCCGCGACCACGGCCGACGAGGAAGAGGAGGAGGAGGAGGAAGAAGAGGAGGAAGGGAUCGCGGCCCUGGAUGGCGACCAGAUGGAGCUAGGAGAAGAAAACGGAGCCACGGGGGCGGCUGAUUCGGGCCCAAUGGAGGAGGAGGAGGCGGGCGGCUCCUCGGAGGACGAAAACGGCGACGACCAGGGCUUCCAGGAGGGGGAAGACGAGCUCGGGGACGAGGAGGAGGAAGCGGGCGCGGGAGACGAGAACGGACACGGGGAGCAGCAGUCUCAACCGCCGACUACGCCGCAGCAACAGCAGCCUCAGCAGCAGCGCGGGGCGGCCAAGGAGGCCGCGGGCAAGAGCGGCGGCCCCACCUCGCUGUUCGCCGUGACGGUGGCGCCUCCCUCGGCAGCGAGGCAGGGCCAGCAGCAGGCGGGAGGCAAGAAGAAGGCGGAAGGCGGCGGAGGCGGCGGCCGCCCCGGGGCUCCGGCGGCGGGAGAUGGCAAAACAGAACAGAAAGGUGGAGACAAAAAGAGAGGUGUUAAAAGACCUCGUGAAGAUCAUGGCCGGGGCUAUUUUGAGUACAUUGAAGAAAACAAGUACAGCAGAGCUAAAUCUCCUCAGCCACCGGUUGAAGAGGAAGAUGAACACUUUGAUGACACAGUGGUUUGUCUUGAUACUUAUAAUUGUGAUCUGCAUUUUAAAAUCUCAAGAGACCGUCUCAGUGCUUCUUCGCUUACUAUGGAGAGUUUUGCUUUUCUUUGGGCUGGAGGAAGAGCUUCCUAUGGAGUUUCAAAAGGCAAAGUUUGUUUUGAGAUGAAGGUUACAGAGAAGAUUCCAGUGAGACAUUUAUAUACAAAAGAUAUUGACAUACAUGAAGUUCGGAUUGGCUGGUCACUUACAACCAGUGGAAUGUUACUUGGUGAAGAAGAAUUUUCUUACGGGUAUUCUCUAAAGGGAAUAAAAACAUGCAACUGUGAGACUGAAGAAUAUGGGGACAAGUUUGAUGAAAAUGAUGUGAUUUCGUGUUUUGCUAAUUUUGAGGGUGAAGAAGUGGAACUUUCCUAUGCAAAGAAUGGACAAGAUCUUGGCGUGGCUUUCAAAAUUAACAAGGAGGUUCUUGCUGGACGACCUCUUUUCCCUCAUGUUCUCUGCCAUAAUUGUGCAGUUGAAUUUAAUUUUGGUCAGAAAGAAGAGCCAUAUUUCCCAAUACCUGAAGAAUAUACUUUCAUCCAGAAUGUCUCCUUAGAUGAUCGUGUUAGAGGGCCAAAAGGACCAGAUGAGAAGAAAGAUUGUGAAGUUGUGAUGAUGAUUGGCUUGCCAGGAGCUGGAAAAACCACCUGGGUUACUAAGCAUGCAGCAGAAAAUCCUGGUAAAUACAACAUUCUUGGAACAAACACUAUUAUGGAUAAAAUGAUGGUGGCAGGCUUUAAGAGACAGAUGGCUGAUACUGGAAAAUUGAACACACUGUUGCAGAGAGCCCCACAGUGUCUUGGAAAAUUCAUUGAGAUAGCUGCUCGUAAGAAGCGGAACUUUAUUCUGGAUCAGACAAAUGUGUCUGCAGCUGCCCAGAGGAGAAAAAUGUGCCUGUUCGCAGGCUUUCAGCGCAAAGCUGUAGUAGUUUGCCCAAAAGAUGAAGACUACAAGCAAAGAACACAGAAGAAGGCAGAGGUGGAGGGGAAGGAUCUUCCAGAACAUGCAGUUCUCAAAAUGAAAGGGAACUUUACACUGCCAGAGGUAGCUGAGUGUUUUGAUGAGAUAACCUAUGUAGAGCUGCAGAAAGAAGAAGCUCAAAAGCUUUUGGAGCAGUAUAAGGAAGAAAGUAAAAAAUCUCUUCCUCCAGAAAAGAAACAGAAUACUGGCUCAAAGAAGAGCAAUAAGAAUAAGAGUGGCAAAAACCAGUUUAAUAGAGGAGGUGGUCAUAGAGGUCGUGGAGGAUUUAACAUGCGUGGUGGAAACUUUAGAGGAGGUGCUCCUGGAAAUCGUGGUGGUUAUAAUAGGAGGGGAAAUAUGCCACAGCGUGGUGGUGGUGGUGGAGGAAGUGGAGGAAUUGGUUAUCCAUAUCCUCGUGGUCCUGUCUUUCCAAGCAGAGGUGGUUAUUCAAACAGAGGCAACUACAACAGAGGUGGAAUGCCCAACAGGGGGAACUACAACCAGAACUUCAGAGGCCGAGGAAACAAUCGUGGCUACAAAAAUCAAUCUCAGGGCUACAACCAGUGGCAGCAGGGUCAAUUCUGGGGUCAGAAGCCAUGGAGUCAGCAUUAUCACCAAGGAUAUUAUUGAAUACCCAAAUAAAAACGAACUGAUACAUAUUUCUCCAAAACCUUCACAAGAAGUCGACUGUUUUCUUUAGUAGGCUAACUUUUUAAACAUUCCACAAGAGGAAGUGCCUGCGGGUUCCUUUUUUAGAAGCUUUGUGGGUUGAUUUUUUUCUUUUCUUUUUUGUACAUUUUUAAUUGCAGUUUUAAAGUGAAUCGUAAGAGAACCUCAGCAUUGUGCACGAUAAGAGAAUGUGUCAGUAUUUCAGGGUUCUACAUUUUAUCUGUAAAAUGUGACUUUUUUUUUUACCACAACAAAAGUAAAAUGUUGCUUUGUACCUGGUGUCUUUUAUUAAGAUUUACUCCCCCUAUUUCUCACCGAGAAUAACAGUCGGGAGUCAUUUGUCACAAUACAAUAGAAAUGUUAGCAACCAGAUUCAUGUAAGGGCUUUAGUGGUCCUCAUGAAUUUCACGACUUUGUACUGCUCACAUUACACUCCAUCCUCUCUGUAGUUUGGUGGGUAGAGGAAGGGGGUAAACUAAGCAGUAGUUCUUGGCAAUAACUGGGAUGGGUUUUUAUAACAAUGGAAUUGGCAUAGCUGGGGAAUUGAAGGUAAAGCUUGGAGCCAAAUAGGGAAGAUGGAGUGUAUGUAGAAGGGCUCUUUAAAAUGUAAAACUCGGUUGCAUUAUCUGUGGAGGCUCAAACUUGUGAAGGUACAACACCAUAAUUUUUUUCCAUUUGUUCUGCAUUUUGAUUCUGAAAAGAAAGCUGGCUUUGCCCAUUUCUUAUUAAACAAAACUUGUUGUAAAUCCAGUUGUCUAAUGGGAUCUAUAUGAAGUUAGCUAUGUCUGUAUACCCCUUCUCCCACAAAAUACUGUAUACCUAGUGUGCUUGUAGUAGUUAACUCCACCAUCUUUGUAAGCUAAUGAAAUUGUGAGUCACCCAUUUAUAUCUAAUUUUUAAUCAUGUCAGUUCUUGAAUGGGUAUCUCCUUAGCCUGCUGAUUUCUUUUUCUUUCUAAAGAAAGUGGGUGGAGAAAUUAAUUUAGACGUUUGUUUGCAAUAAAAUGAAUUCAUUUUACUCUUGUUUGGGAUUCUCGCCAUCAAGGUCCAAAAUCCCUUUAAAUCUCCCCAAAGGGGGAGAAUUUAUAAGUGUGUGCUUUCUGGACAGCUUCAUUUCUCUGCACUUGGAACAUUUAGGUUUUAAAAACUUAAAUGUGUACUGGCAACUGAUUUAUUUAGAAAUACUGAUGUAAAGUUGUAUUUUCCCCCCGCCCCCAAGACUUUAAAAUGUUAGGAGGGGAAAGGGUACUGGCUGGGAGAAGUUAAUACUGUUUUAUCAUUACAUAUUAAAAGAUGUUGAAAUUGC